AUGGACGACCUCCCUAUCAUCAAGCCUCGCGAUACAACUGGUCCAAUGGGUUUCUUAAACUACCCUCCGGAAAUCAUGAAUAUGAUCUACGACGAGCUCUUCAUCGACGACAGUCAGGUCCUCUGCUUCCUCUGUUCUCCGGACCCAGCCCUCUCCACAAUUGGCCUGAAACAGGCGGUUGAUAGACCUCAAGUUUCAAGUACGGAAGACUUGGAGUGGUCUCAACUAUACGAUUCCCGGUAUUACGUCGACAGCCUCGGUCUUUCAGCACAGUUUCUCAGCGUCUGCAAAAGAAUAUGGAGUGAGGGAUCCACCGUGCUGUACGGAAGCCUGAAUAUCGCCAUGCGAUGGACGCCAAAACCGGACCCUUGCCUUGGCCGCUUCUUUAAACGCAACACUCAACUUGUUCUUGCCACAGCCAAUGUCAUAUAUCCCCGCAGUACGGCAUGCGCCAUGCUCACCAAGGACUAUUCCCUCAACAUUCUGCACUGGGGCCUCGCUCAUCCUGCAGAAAACUGGGAUUUGGACAGACAGACAUUGAGGCGGAUCCGUGAGGAGAGAUUGUUCGAGAGAGGCAGAAGAAGUCUGAGACUCAGGAGUAGAUCAGCCACCUUUUGA